CUUAGCAUCCCACUUUAGUUGAUUUACGAGACUGGUAGAGCUCGGUUCGCGGCAGUAGAUCUCCAACGUUCGUUCAGACAGUGCACGUUCUUCUUCAAAUUUUAAGUCUGUUACAAAACCGGUUAGUGUGUGAUUUUUCUUCAAAAUGAUGCAAAAUCUGCUGAAGACCUCGCUGCGCACUGCCGGGCUGUGUCGUAAGAGCCUAAUUCAACCCGCGGCCAAAUACUCAUCUUCUUCGUUCGGAACAACUCAAGGAACGCCUGGUCCUUUAACUUACCUAACUGAAGAUGAACAGGUUAUGAAGGAAACUGUUGCCAAGCUGGCACAGGAACAAAUUGCUCCACUUGUAAGGAAGAUGGACGAGGAACAUCAAUUGGACCCCACCGUUGUGCGUGCCGUGUUCGAAAACGGUCUGAUGGGCGUGGAAGUUGGAGAAGAAUAUGGUGGCAGUGGGUGCAAUUUUAUGACCAUGAUGCUGGUCGUCGAGGAACUUUCCAAGGUGGAUCCAGCUGUAGCUGCCUUCGUCGAUAUCCACAACACAUUGGUUAACUCAUUGAUGAUCAAGCUCGGAACAGAAGAACAGAAGAAGAAGUAUCUACCCAAGUUGAGUAAUGAAUACAGUGGAAGUUUUGGUCUGACCGAACCAUCUGCUGGAUCAGAUGCCUUCUCUCUGAAGACUACUGCCAAGAAGGACGGAAAUCACUACAUUCUAAAUGGCAGCAAAAUGUGGAUCUCCAAUUCGGACUUGUCUGGAGUGUUUCUGAUCAUGGCUAACGCAAACCCAUCGGCUGGAUAUCGCGGAAUUACCACUUUCAUCGUCGAUCGCGAAACAGAAGGAUUCACUGUUGGCAAGAAGGAAAAUAAGUUGGGUAUCUGCGCCUCGGGUACCUGCCAGCUUCAUUUGGACAACGUCCGUGUCCCAGAAGAGAACAUUCUUGGCGAGUUCGGCAAGGGUUACCAAUACGCUGCCGGUUUCCUGAACGAAGGUCGCAUCGGAAUCGGUGCCCAGAUGCUUGGGUUGGCCCAGGGGUGCUUGGAUGCCACCAUCCCAUACCUGCUGGAGCGUAAGCAGUUCGGUUCGGACAUCUACUCCUUCCAGAGCAUGCAGCACCAAGUCGCAACAAUUGCGACUGAAAUCGAAGCAGCUCGCCUGUUGGUCUACAACGCUGCUCGUCUACAGGAAGCCAAGGUUCCAUUCCUGAAGCAAGCCGCUAUGGCCAAGUUCUACGCCUCGGAGGUAGCGCAGCGAGCCACCGUCAAGUGCAUCGACUGGAUGGGAGGCGUUGGUUUCACCAAGGAUUUCCAGGAGAAAUACUACCGUGAUUGUAAGAUUGGUGCCAUUUAUGAGGGAACGAGCAAUAUGCAGCUUAGCACCAUUGCCAAGGUCAUUAAGAAGGAGUACCAGGCCUGAGCAUUUAAAAAAAAUCCAUUUAAUCCUGUCGUCUUCCGAUGAGUUACGUAACGUACGGUAGCAUAUAAAAUCGUAUGUCUCAUAACUCAGCUUCCCCAGCAAACACGAACUCAUACACCCGCGAAAAGAUCGCUGAUAGGAUGGGUAGUAACUGAUAAAAUACAUACACGAAGAAUAUGAAGAAAACAUACUACGCACGUUAAUUAAUUUUUCAUAUACGGGUUAAACGUAUACGUAUUAAAAACUUGGAAACCAAGUAAAAAAUUGCGAAGACCAAGUGCAAAAAAGCAAAUGAUGCAUUUAUUUUCUACUACGCAGGUUAAUUAUAAGCAUUGUAAUUAUAACUCUCUGAAAAUGUGUUAAGUGAUAAAACACACAAGUGAACAAAAAGAAAUCCCAAGCAUGAUAAUACUAUGAUAUCGAAACACAUACAAAGUAAGUGUUGAAUAUGCUUGUUAGAUAAUAUGAAAUAAAUUCAUUCUAAUAAUUGAA